UGUUUUAAAAAGGCAUUUAAUCUUCAUAAUGCAGUGGGGAAUGUCGAUAAUAUUUAUUUUUGUGUUGAUAUUUUACCAAAUUGAACAUAUCCUAGCAGCUUACACUAUAAAUAUAUCUGGACCUACACAUGUUGUCAGUGGAGCAACAAAUGUCGCUCUUAGUUGUUCUAUAAUGUCAUCUAAAAAUGAAAUUCCGAUUUGGUAUCAUGAUAAUCGAAGAUUAGAUAUCACUAGUAAAUCUGGUUAUCAGAGUUUUUCUGAACGGUCUGGGCAAAUUAUUAAUAGUAAGUUAAUAAUUAAUCGAGCAACUCUUGAUAAAGCUGGGACAUAUAAAUGCCAAUCUGAUACCAACAAAGUUUUGGUAUUUCAAAUAGUUGUAUUUGACUCACCAAAUGAAAUCAUGAUGCAAUAUAAGCCAUCAAAAUAUGAUGAAUUUCAGGAGGUCAUUCUGCAGUGUAAUGCUAACACCAGUAUUCUUGGGAAAAAUAAUAGAUUUACUUGGAAAUUUGAAAAUGGCACAGUUAUCCAAAAUGAUACUCAAUAUAAUAUAGGUUCUAAUACUCUCAAAAUCAUGCAUCCAACUAUAAAACAUUGUGGAAAUUAUUUUUGUGUUAGCUCUGACAUCCCAAAUAUUAGGAAUCCGGUAUCAAUUAAAGCUCCGGUCAGGGUCAAGCCGUUGAACGAACAAGGCUCGCUUAGCUUGGUGGAGGGGGAUACUCUCAAACUGAAAUGCGAAGCUUUGUCCUGCCCAAAACCUUCCAUUCUCUGGUUCCGGAAACGGGAUAAAGACGAGUCCUUCCAUCCCCUCAAUUCCGCGAGCGUGGGCGUAGGGGAUAGGAUCAGUUUCGAUCAGGACAAAGCGGAAGAUGUGGAAAAUAGCACCUUGAAGAUCAAGAAUAUGGGUUACGAAGAUAAGGGUUUAUAUACUUGCAAGGCUUCUAAUCUAAAAUCAGAACACAAUAGCACCAUUAACGUUAGAAUCAAGGACAAAUUGGCGGCUCUUUGGCCGUUCCUUGGGAUUUGCUUGGAAGUAGCCAUUCUGUGUGCCAUAAUCCUGAUUUACGAGAAGAAAAGGGCUAGGAAGAACUCCGAUUUGGACCUUAACACGAGCAUCAAAUCACCUACUUACAAAUCUCCAGAUAUAGAUUUAUCGGAAGAUCAAGAAAUAAGGCAUCGAAAAUCAUGAAUUAAAAAACAGGACAGGACAUCUAGAAAUAUUUUAUCCUUAACAAAAGCUUGAUAAAUUUUUUAUCAUUUUAAAAGCAAAUUUAUUUUGCUUAAAUAUAUUCGCGUAUUUAAUUAUCUUUUUAUCAUUAUCAUAUAACAUUUAAUACAAAAAAAAAGUGUAUAUCUGGGAAAUUAGAUGUUUUAAAUUA